GAAGCUGAGGCUAAGGAAGCAUGCGACUGGCUGCGUGCGGCUGGCUUUCCUCAGUAUGCACAACUGUAUGAAGAGUCGCUGUUCCCUCUUGACAUCUCUACUGUGAAAAGGGACCUUCGCUUUCUGGACCAGGAUUACCUCAAAUCCCUCUGCAGGAGGCUCAUGACCCUGAACACCUGCGCCUCGAUGAAGCUGGAAGUCCACUUUCAGCGGAAACAGAGUGAAGACCCUGAGGAAGGAGAAGAUGUCUGUGGCAACAGCAGCCGGUGGGCCUUCCAGAGCGACAGCCAGAGAUGGUCUUGCACCGACUCGGAUGACUUCCUCUCCAGCAGCCUGGAGAGACUCUCCAGCAUGAGGAAGGAGUCCAGCCGGGAGAGUCUCUCCACAGAUCUCAGUGCGGACCUGGAGGCCACGUCUCUCCAGAGCCACGGCAGCACAGGCCAAAUAGUGGCUGUCCGAGCCACGCCACCUGGCAGCUCCCCCGUUCAGACCUCGCCCGCCUUAACCGGCUCCAUCCAAAGCUUGAGUGACCACUCACCGACAGACCCCUCUCCACCCCUGAGCUGGGUCAGCAAGGAAAAAACCAAGAAAUGUCGGACUCGCAGCUUCCUCCGGAGGCUUGAGUCUCUGCGAAGGAAAGACAAGGAGAAACUGGAUUCCGUGAGAGCUGGAGAGGAGGGCGGAACAGAGUCCUCAAAGGACAUUGCAGACCCUCCGCCAGGGAAGAGGGCUCUCCUGGGAAGGGGAAUUUCAUCUCCUUUCCAGAGCAGUAAAAAUCUUCUCUCAGCAGACUACCAGACUCACCAGGUUUUGGCUGGAAACAAGCCCCAGUUUGAGCCCAAGCAUGGCAGUGUCUACCUGGAGGACUGUGAAGGAGCCCUUGUCAGGGGCCCCAGCCGGACUGCCAGGGGCUUUGGCCCCCGGGCUCUGCGGGAACAGAAUUGUUUGGUCCACCUCCCCAAGGACCACAAGCCGGGCACCUUCCCCAGAUCUCUCUCCGUGGAAAGCCUCCACCCUCUCGAAAGCGGCCCCGUAGCUGACUGGGGCCGUGUUGACACAGCCGGUGGGGCUGGCAGGGGCCAGAGCAGCCGCCCGGAGGCCCCUUCCCUGCAGGUACCUCGGCUAAGAGGGAAGCGACCCUCCUUAAGCUCUGCUGGCAGCUGCACCAGCCUCUACGACAACGUGCCCGAAUUGGGCAGCAGUGACAACCUCUUUGACUUGGACACGGAAGUGAUUUACGAAAGCCUGGAUGACGUCCUGCAGCACGUCUGGGGCUUGCAGCAGAAGGUGGAGCUGUGGUCCAGGGGCCUCAGGCUGGACUUGGAGUGCAGAAGCGUGGAGGGAGGGGAGGAGGAGACGGAUUCGGGAGGAGAGCCCGCCACCCCCAACUUUGAGGAACGGUCCAUAUCUGACACAGGCACCUCCGCUAGUGACUUCGACAGCACCGGCAAUUCUCUGAACGAGGCUGAAGACACAGACGUGCGAGAAAGAAGAGACUCCGGGGUGGGAGCCUCACUCACCAGGCCUUGCAGGAAACUUCGCUGGCACAGCUUCCAGAACUCCCACCGCCCCAGCCUGACCUCGGCCUCCUUGGAGAUCAGCCACCAGUCCGCUGCGCAGCUCCACCUGCUCCAGAAGUGUUCCCUCCUCUGCCUCACUGCCAUCAUGGAAAAAUAUGCGGCUCCUCACAAGCAGACCUGGGCAUGGACUGUUCCUAAGUUCAUGAAGAGGAGCAAGGCCCCCAGCUACAAGGACAAGGUGGUCUUUGGGGUUCCCCCCGUCAUCAGUGUGCAAAGGACAGGACAGCCCCUCCCCCAGAGCAUCCAGCAGGCCAUGCGCUACCUCCGUCGCCAGUGCCUCGACCAGGUCGGCAUUUUCCGCAAGUCAGGGGUGAAGUCUCGGAUCCAGGCCCUGAGACUUAUGAAUGAGGUCUCGCCAGAGGGUGUGGAUUACGAUGGGCAGUCAGCUUAUGACGUGGCGGACCUGCUGAAGCAGUACUUCCGGGACCUCCCAGAACCCGUUUUCACCAGCAAGCUCACAGACACUUUUUUACAAAUUUACCAGUUUGUCCCCAGGGAGCAGAGGCUUCAAGCGACGCAGGCGGCCAUCGCGUUGAUGCCGGACGAGAACCGCGAAGUGCUGCAGACGUUGCUCUAUUUCCUCAGCGACAUCGCAGCCGCCCAGGAGAACCAGAUGACAGCCGGGAACCUCGCAGUGUGCCUGGCGCCCUCCCUCUUCCACCUCAAUGCCUCCAAGAAAGAGAGCCCCUCCCCACGGAUGGUUCAGAAGAGGGGCACCGUGGGAAAGCCAGACCAGAAGGACCUGAAUGAAAACAUGGCUGCCACCCAGGCCCUUUCCCACAUGAUUACAGGCUGCAAGAAGCUGUUCCAGGUCCCCCAGGACAUGAUGCUUCGGAUGUACAGCUCCUGCGUGUCAGCCGACGCUCACCCCGCACUCUCCGUAUCGGAGCUGAUGAGCCGGCACCUGUCGUGGGCGGGGACGGACUCCCCAGCAGACCUGGAGGCCAGCGUCCAGAGCCUGCUGAAGGAGGCCUCGGAGCGUUUCAAGGGCUGGCUCAGUGCCCCCGGGCCCCAGAACACAGAGAUGUCAAGCAAGAAGGCAGGUGACGGAUAUCCUUUGCGGGUGUGGAAAGUGUCCACUGUGGUGGAAGCGCCUCCGCAGGCAGUGCUCCGGCGGGUUCUUCGGGAGCGGCACCUUUGGGAUGAAGACUUGUUGCAGGGGAGAGUGAUGGAGGCCCUGGGCCAGAACACGGAGGUGUAUCACCACGUAGCGGACAGCAUGGGCCCCCACCCUCGCCGGGAGUUCGUGGUGCUUCGGAGGUGGCACACAGACCUGCCCCGAGGGGCCUGCCUGCUGGUCUCCUUGUCCCUGGAUCACAAGAAGAUGCCGCCGGAAGGUGGGGUGAGGGCAGUGAUCCUAACCUCCCAGUACCUCAUGGAGCCCUUGGGGAUGGGGUGCUCAAAGGUGACUCAUAUCUGCCGUGCAGAUCUCAGAGGGCGGUCUCCAGAGUGGUACAGCAGGGUCUUUGGCCAUCUCUGUGCAAUGGAGCUUGUCAGGAUACGGAAUUCUUUCCCAGGGCUAAACUCAAGUGGCCCAGAGACAAAGAUCUGAGCCUGUCAGACUGCCCUGUCCUUUUCUUGACUUGUUUCUGACCUUUGGUGCUACUGAGGCAGGAUGCCAGAAAGAAGGUCACUGGACUGCGGGGCCACCCCGAAUCCCCCCCCCCCAACAGUGCCUUACUCCUACUGUGAAAAAGCAUCUAACUGGGUCCCUCUGGCACUCGGGAGGGGAGGGGGCAUCCCAUGCAGAGCCCAGCAGGCCUCCUGGAUGAGCAGGAAGGAGCCCGCUCGUGUUGCUGCUGGUUGGCUCAGCAGUGCCUGCUGCUCCUUCAAAAGGACCUGGAAGACCUCAGGGGGAGGAGCAAGCCCACGGGCCUCAGUCCAGCAGCCCCAGGCCCAUGGUAGCCGCGACCAAAGGAUGAGGUCGGGCUGAGGCUGCUCUGGGCCAGUGGAGCCCACGCUUGGCAGAGGGCCCCCCGCGGGCCCAGUGCUGGCACCACUGGAGCUCUGAGACACC